AUGGCCGCCAACAGGUCUCUACACGAACCGAGUGGUGGUUACCUCCAGAAGCGACACUCCGGGCAGCACUUGAGUCCGACCAACAUUCCCGGCACGAGGGUCUACCCAUACCCGGGCACUACCCAAGAGCCUGUCGUCCGCAACUCCUAUCACCACUCGAUCCCACACCACAUGAACCCCUUGUAUGGCGCCAUCGGCUCCAAUAGUGGUCACUCGGGCGGCGGGGGUGUUGGCGGAGGUGUGGGUCCACAGCAGGCCUACCGGGACGGCAACUACACGGUGGACAACAGACACGAGUUCUCGCCGAUGGAUAGGUAUAGGAAUCGCAACGAAUCGCUCGAAAUGCAUCACUCGAGCGGCGGGGGUGUCGGUGGCGGCGCUCACUCGCACGCGCCGCCCACGAGUGUCAGUGCCAGCGGUCACAGUCAAGCGCCUCCUUUAUCGCAGCAGCGGAGGCGCCCCUCACUACUGCCGCCAUCGCACGUACCGAACGAGUACAGUAUGCUGGGCGCCGCCAACUCUGCCCUAACCUCGUCCUAUCUGUCCAGAGAGAGGUAUGACUUAGCCUCAGCCUAUCGUUACCCACAAUAUGAUAGUCAGACAAAGGGUGCGGGCCUUCAGUCGGCGGCCAUGUCUAUGACAUCGGCGCCGCCCCCAGUGAACCAACACACGGGUCCGCCGCCCAUGCAUUUGGUGCCCGGCCUGCACCUGCCUCUGGGCUACGGCUCCCAUCAGACGCAGCAGGCGAUGGUC